UCAAAUCAUUUCUAUAUUAUUUUUCUCCCUGCCUUUUUGUGUCUACUUACUCAGCAAUAUAUCGGCAAACGGCUGCUUUUUAAACACUUAAAUGGGAGAAAGGAAGAUUUUAUGCCUGAUUGUCUGAAUUGGGCUCCCUAAUGGGCUUUCCAGUUCACAUUUACACACUUUCUCGAAACCAUUGCCCCUCAAUUCAGGCGAAAUUGGGAUACCCAUUCAAGUGAAAUCGAUUCAUUUGCUGUUUUGGGCUCUUUAGUGCCACAGCAAGUCGAGUAAUAAUAUUAUAUUAGGCAGUGUGUGAUGGAAGGUGUUACAUUGUCUCAGCAAUACAAUUGUCAGCAGCAGCGGCAGAAAUACAGUACUGGAAGGAGCAAUGUUGAUCAGAUUGACAGUAAUUCUCAGUUACAACAAGAGCAAGAGGAUUUGGCCGAAGACAUCAAUGAUAUCGAAUUAGGACAGGCCUUUGAUAUAAAUACUCUUGAACGUAGACUGAGUGACUGUUUUGGGCAUAUGCGAAAUCACUUUGAAGGGGAGUACUUUUGUAAAAAGGGAGGGCCAAAGUUUGGAUAUUAUGGCUCCUUUUUACCAAUACGAGAACAAGAGCAAGAGGAUUUGGCUGAAGACAUCAAUGAUAUCGAAUUAGGACAGGCCUUUGAUCUAAAUACUCUUGAAUGUAGACUGAAUGAUUGUUUUGGGCAUAUGAGAAAUCACUUUGAAAGGGAGUACUUUUUUGGAAAUGGAGGGCCAAAGUUUGGAUUUUAUGGCUCCUUUUUACCAAUACGAGAACAUAAUCCUCAAACACCUCAAGAACUAAAUACAGGUCAGAUGGUUACCACUGGAGUGGAUACCCCUUCUGAUAUGACUCCCUUAUCACUUAUUCGAAUUAUGACAUCAUAUGAAGUGCCUGGUGGUUCUCUCAUUUCACCUCUUCCUAAGGUAUUAAUGGAAGGACAAGGAAAGGAAGACCUGUCUUCCAAAGUUAUUAAAAGAACAUCAGGGAAAUUGUAGGUAAAAGACGCUUGCUUAGCAAAUAGUAUUGGCUUUAGCCUUUAAGUGUGGGAAAGGAAUUCAAGCUCCAAAACUGAAAAAAGAUACCACCGCCAGUUUAUUUGAAUCUAACAAAGUGCAAUGCUCUGCAUUCAGAGGGUGAUAAAGUGAAGUGAUUAAAGACAGAUACUGGAACAAAGUUAGUGUAUCUAAAGCAUCUGAUGCUUUAGUGUCAAAGGAUUCAUCAAAACUAUCAAUGAAGGAAUUGGAUCAAAGAAAGCUGGAGAUGGGAAUUUCUCAUGAUGUGGAGACAAUUAUUCAUAGUGAAAGGAGUUUAAUACCUGAAGAACCCAACAAUUUAGCUAAUGAGAAGGAUUUCAGUUCUUGUCUAUCCCAAAGUGAAAAUUUGGAAACUGCUGUUGCUCAACAUUCUGGUAUGCUGUCUAAGACAGGAAAGGGGUCAAUGCCAGGUGGGGCAAAGGAGUCAUAUAAAAUGCAAAGAGAGGGGCGAACAGCGGAAACUAGAAAGGAGAAUGGCCAUAAAGAUGUUGCUAAUGUAAGGAAGAUUAUUAAGUCACUCAAGGAAGUACUUAGGUUUGUCAGGAGCUAGUACUUAAAAGGAAAAGAAUGUGCUGGAUGAUGAAAAUAGAGGAGUUCCAAAAGAGAAGGUUCUCAGACAUGUGGCCACUCGUGAAAAGGUUGUUGUCAAUACAGAACAUGUAAAGGACAUGGACAUGGAAAAUAAAAAAACAAAUGGCAUUAAUAUAUAUUAAAAAACAAUGAAGGAAAAGAGUAAGGUAGUUAGAAAAUGUAAACUUAAGGAAUCAUUAAUUGAAAAAUCAUGUCUUAGCAAAGGGAAGAAGGAACAAUCUAAAAACAAUAGCAAGAACUUGCACGGUAACAGUGCAAAAUGUACGAAUGAACAAUUUGUCUGCUAGAAAGAAAUCAGCACGGCUCAUUGCAACGAGAGUACAAAACAAGCAAGGCACAAACACUUUGAUAGAGAGAUUUUGAUUGGAAUUGAAAAGGGAAAGAGAAGGGAUGUUGCCAUUGAACAUGAUUUGAGAAAAUUGGAGCAUGCAUCUACUAUCAAAGCUCAUGUCUUGAAAGUAGACACUCAAUCAUUGCUAGAGUAGUCUGCAACUCAGGAUCCAGCCACUGGCACUUCUGACUUUGAUGAGUAGGUGUAUUGUGGCCGUUGGAAUUGCUGGUUAUGACCAAAUGGACUGAAGCUUUCUCCUCUACCAAAAAGUGGCUUUUCCAUAUGAUGUUUUGGCUGUAAGUCCAUUUGGUUGUCUUUGAGAGGCAUAUGGAGUGAGAAGAGGGUGCUGGGCAGCUGGAGGUUUUUCACGCUGUGAAGAUGGAGGGAAGUCAAAUGGUGUAAUCCAGCAAAAAAAAAAGUUAAGAUAAGAUGAAACUAAAAAAGGCAUCUGGAGGUGAAAGUAAUCUUCUUUUUAGCUUUUGUUCAAAUGAAUUAUGUUGUCUUUACAGGUAAAACAAAAAUUCUGUUGUUUAUGAAUGGAAACAGAAAUCUAUCAAGCCUUAAAUGGACAAGGCACAAUAAGCCAAUUCAUAUUUCUUGACCAGUGCAGAAUGCAGAAAACUCUCAUGAUGCAUUAUAUAGACAUUAUGCAUUUGUCAUUGUUAUAUUUUGUUCUAAACUUUGAAACAAAACUCCUCAGGCUAUUAUCAUCAUUAUAGAUUGACAUUUAAUACUUUUGACAGGUAACUUCAACAGGAAGUUACCUCAACUCAAUAAAGCUUACAAUGUUUUAGUUUAUUUUCCUUUGAAGUUAGCCGGCU